AACUGAGAUGUUUUUACUGAGCUACAGAUUUUUUUCUCCUUGAACGUCGAAUGAGAAACCAACUUCAGCCUCCCUUCAGUCUGUUAUUAUGUCAUCCACUGUAACUUAACGGUGACCUGGCUCAGCUGAAGGCUGAAACACGAACGUUGAAGGAGCUGCUAAACUAGCUGGCUGGCUAAGCUAACGUACCUCUGAGGAGACGGAUCCCUGGGAAAACGCUUCAAAAUGAUCCUCCGGUUUUUAUUUAACCUCAUCAACAACCCUCAUAUCAUUGAGAAGUUGGCAGAGUCUCGUCCGAUUCGCAGGGCGGCUCAGAUCACAGCCUACGCCAUUACCAAAGCUCAGAUAGCCGGGAAGGACGCCUCGGAGCGGGCCCUGCGGUCCCAGACCCUGCGGCAGGUCCGGGAGGAGGCUAGCAAAGUCCCCGGUGACCUGGGGGAGAUGGGCAGCCGGUUCAGGAAAGUCAGAGAGACAUUUGUGAACGAGGUGAAGGAGGGAUGGAAAGAAGGGUCAAGACAAAUCAAGAAAUAAUGGGAAUGGAGGAGCAUAAGAGAAACUGUGAGACCAUGAUUGGACGAACAUCCUCACCUGACUGCCUGUUGAACACCAUGGACUGAAGAGGUGUCAGAUUAUAAACGACAGACAAUGAUUCAUGCUGCUGAUUUCUAUUAUACUGCGAAGAGGCCCUACAAUCAGUGACCUGGAGAUUCACUAAAGACAUCCACUGACUUUACUUUUCUUAGCAAACAGUGAAAGUGCUCAUCUCAUAUCCCAGGAACAGCUAUGGAAUAAGUGGGAGCAGUCUUGGAAAAACCUACACAGAACUCCUUCACAUUCACAAUUCAAAGUAUUUCCAAGAAAUGCCUUAAAUGGAUAGCAUGUCGCACAUAAAACAAUGAUACAAAGCCACAUACAAAUGAUUCCUGACUACUGUUUUGGGGGUAAAUCCUGACCUGAUCCUGAUGUAAAGCUACCAUGGAUCAGCACAUGAAGCUGUCUUGGGAAAUAUAUGUAUUAUUUAAAAGUGUACAUUUGUAGAGGUAUAUGUGUAUAGACAACAAAUUCCCCACGGUUGUCCUGCUAACAAAUAAAGAUUGUAAUUUAUAAAA